AUGGUUACAGCGCUGAACGUUUAGACGCCGCUGCACGCACGCGAAUUGGGUUGAGGCAAAUUUCCCACUAACAAGAUGAGCUGCUCUGUCACCCAAACUGUUAAUGAGAACACAGAUAAUUUUAAAACUGCUCUAACUAGGCGGGCUUCUGACCGCUUACAUGGUUCAGUUCGCCACAAGCCCAGGCUGAGGGCUUACACAACAAAGGAACGAUUUGCAAAACUAAAUGACUUCAACUAUAUGUUUAAAGGUGAGCCAUUGCUCACCUUCAAAACGGACCCAGCAGAGCCAUUGCCGUCCUCUGAUUACCGCUGGCAAGCACAAGCUGAACGGCGCAGGGAGACGCUGCGGCAACUGGCUGGGAUUCAUCCAAACCCUCAAACAUGCCUUGUGACUGGAGCUGACUACUGGAAAUACUACAAACGGCCUUUGAUUCCAUUUGAACAAAAGUUUCCAGCAGAUGUUGUUUUUGAAUUUACAGAGGAAGAGUUUAUUACCACUACUAAGGAGCAUGUGCCUACUAAGCGCUCUCUGGGAGUUCAGACAGACUACAGAGAAAGUGAAACCCAGACUGACCCGUACAGUCCUGAGUAUGUGGUGCAGCGUGGGAUGACACCCACAGAACUCCUGCAACUGGCAACAUUGACUUGGGGUCACGGCUUGCCGGCAGGCCUUCGUGAGGUGGAAAUGAUAGAGCGAGCACGUGAAAAGCGAAUUUGGGAGACCACCCUUCCUCCUCGCCACGACGUGACCCAGAUCGAAAAGAGGAGGCGCAUGAUGGAGGAAAUGGAAGCCAAGGAGUGGGCUUUCAGGGAAAGUGAGAUUGAGAAAGUGCAGGAGACCCGCCUUGCUGUGCUGGAGGAGCUGCUGAGGCAGAGAGAUGAAGCUCAGAAGGAUACUGCAUAUGACCGACUAACCCAAUUAUACGCUCAGCACCUGAAGGACAGGGAGCGCAAGCUAGAGAAAACCCACCACCAAUACAUGAGAUCACUUAGAAAACUGGAAACUAGGAGGAAAAAUGUGGAGGGAAAAUUUCUGCGACGGGACAUCGUUACUGAUUUUCAGACUCACAAUGACAAGUUCCCUUAUGGCAAUAUGAAAAUGUUCAACAGUGACUACAUAAACACAUAUGAAGGCUUACAAGAGCUAGAGACAGGACUCGAGGCAUCACUGCAACAAGUGAUGAAACAAUGGAGAGACAUUAAGAGCAGAAAGAAAUCUGCCGCACAAAUAGCAGUGGAGCUACUGGAGGAAUACAGGGCUAUCAGGGACGAGGAGGGCAAGGAGGUUGCAGUGAAGGACCGCCGUUUUCCGAUUCGAAAAGAGAAGCCACUUCCUACUCCUCCCGUCACUCCACCCGUGGAUAUUCCCUCAGAGGAGGAUGAGAAAACAGAGAUUGCCAUCAUCUUUUUGCAGAAGCUACUUAGGGGAAGAAGUAUCCAGUUUGAGAUCUUCAAGGGCAAAGAAAACCAGCUGGAACUCAUCAGGGAACUUAGGAAAGUUCACGCUCUGCAGGCUAGGGAGCAGAUGCUGCAGGAAGCAGAAAAAGACUACAUACUGAUGCUGAAGAGAGAGAGAGAUCAACAGAUGGAGAAGGCCGCGACGAGGGAAGCGCGUCAGGCCGCGGUGAUCGGUGUGGACCUCGCGCAGGUGUUCUUCAUCUUGUCCCAGGAGUUGAUUCAUCUGCAAGAGGAGCGCAGGAUCCAUGCUUUCAUGCUCCUGGCUGAGAGAGAGCGCCGUCGAAGGGAGGCGGAGGAGAGCGGGAGGCGUCAGGUGGAGGAGCGCAGGCGAGAAGAACGAGACGAGAUCUUCAGAGAAAUUGUGCAGGUGCACCAGGAAAGUGUGGAUAUGUAUUUAGAGGACAUGAUUUUGAGAAAUGUGGACUAUUUGGCUGAACAACAAGCCAGAGAGGAUAUCCACAAGAAGGCACAGCAGCUCAAUGACAUUGCUUACGCCAUGGAGGAAAGCAAGGACAAAUAUCAGCCAGAGGAGAUUGUAUCAGAGCUGGUGUACAGCUUUCUUAUUCCCGAGAUUGAGAAGAUGAGAGUCAGGCGAAGAGUUCAAUUGAAACAGCUGAGACACUUGGAGGCAGCUCGGAGGAUCAUUCAUGGGUUUGAAGUCCCUCUGGAGAUCCAUCAACCCGAAACGCCGCAGGAGAGCGCCAUUGAUGAAGGAACGUCUGGGUCGACUGAGGAAUCAAAGGCGAGCGAAGAGAGCCUAGAGAGCCUAGAGAGUCAAGAGUAGCAGAGAAAACAAUCCUAGUAAAGAAAGUAAAGGUUCAAAUUUAA